CGCCGAGCAGAGCAGCCCUGGGUGUUCAGGGGCCAAGAUGGCGGCGCGCCGGGGACUGAGAGAAGGAAUCGCGCCGCCCCCGGGUGGGGGCCCCAGGCCAGGACCAGGCGGUGGAGUCCGCGGCAGCGGUUGGGGGAGUCGGAGCCAAACGCCGUGUGGGACCGUGGGCGCUGCGAGCAGCGGGGAGCAGGUACGGCUGCAUGAGGAGGGAGAUGAUUCUGGCUUUGUCAGUCUGUCUCGACUGGCCCCGUCUCUGAGGGACAAGGACCCGGAGAUGGAGGAGCUGAUCCUACAGGAUGAGACGCUGCUAGAGACCAUGCAGAGCUAUAUGGAUGCCUCCCUUAUCUCUCUUAUUGAGGAUUUUGGGAGCCUAGGAGAGAGCAGGUUAUCUCUGGAGGACCAGAAUGAAGUGUCACUGCUCACAGCCCUGACGGAGAUCUUAGACAAUGCAGAUUCCGAGAACCUGUCUCCGUUUGACAGCAUUCCUGACUCAGAGCUGCUUGUGUCGCCUCGGGAAGGCUCCUCUCUACACAAGUUGCUCACCCUCUCUCGGACACCUCCAGAACGUGACCUCAUCACCCCAGUUGACACAUUGGGACCCACGACAGGAAGUAGCAGAGUUGAGAUGUCUCUUGCAGACCCCCCUUGGGAUUUCUCACCACCCUCCUUCUUGGAGACUUCGUCUCCCAAGCUUCCUAGCUGGAGACCCCCAAGAUCACGAUCCCGUUGGGGCCAGUCCUCUUCUCCCCAGCAACGUAGUGAUGGAGAAGAAGAGGAAGAGGUGGCUGGCUUCAGCAGCCAGUUGCUUGGUGGGGAGCUCGACAACUCUGUGAGCAGCAUCCCAGACUUCCCCAUGCACCUGGCUUGCCCUGAGGAAGAAGAUAAGGCAGCAGCAGAAGACUUGGCAGUGCCAGCAGCUGGCGAUGAGAGCAUCUCCUGUCUGAGUGAGCUGGUGCGUGCCAUGCACCCGUAUUGCCUGCCCAGCCUCACCCACCUGACAUCACUCGAGCAUCCAGAUGACUUGACACUGCCUGAGGAUUGUGUGGUGCUGGAGAUAGUAGGCCAGGCAGCCACAGCUGGCGAUGACCUGGAGAUCCCAGUUGUGGUACGGCAGAUCCCUACCAGACCUCAACCUGUGCUCCUGGAUAACUCAUUAGAGGCUAGUCCAGCCUUGCAGCUGCUCAUGCCCACACUGGAGUCAGAGACGGAGGCUGCUGUGCCCAAGGAAGCCCUCUGCCCUAAGAAAGAGGCAUUGUUCCUGGACACAGAGGAAAAGCUGGGAUCAGCUUGCUUGUUGGAACCCAGGGAGGUCAUGGAGCCAGUUGUGCCCAAGGAACCUCAGAACACACCUGCCAAUGCAGUGCUGGGUUCUCAUAGAGCUCGAAAGGGCAGAAAGAAGAAAAGCAAGGAGGAGCCAGUAGCCUGUGUGGAAAGCUAUGCCAGGAGGCUGAGGUCAUCCUCUCGUGGUCAGCCCACUGUGGCCACGGAGGCCACCUCUCAGGUGGGCACCUUGCAGAAGCAGCCCCAGGAGGAACUUAAAAGAGAUAUUGGGCCUCCUCGGGGCAGGGGCAAGCCCCGAGCCUGGGCACGGGCCUGGGCAGCUGCAUUGGAGAAGCCCAGCUCUGAGAACUUGGAGAGUGGUGCUGGACAAACUAGCACUGCUAAGGAAGGACCUCUAGACCUCUACCCCAAGCUGGCUGACACCAUCCAAGCUGACCCUGUUCUACCUCCUCUCUCUUUGGUUGACUCUGCUCAAGCCGACCCCAUGCCAGUUGACUCUGUUGAGGCUGAUUCCACUGCUGUUCCUCCUGUUGUAGCUGACCCUCCACCUAUUGACCCUGCAUUGGUUGAACUUGCCUCAGCCAGUUCAGAGCUGGUUGACUCUCUUCCAUCUGACCCAGUGCUGACUGACCCAGUCAUGGCCAACUCAGCAGCAAUUGACCCUACAGUAGUUCUUCCCACCUCAGAUGACUUGCCACUGGUUGACAAUGUGCCAACCAGCCCAGUGCCAGUUGACCUAGCACCUGUUGACCCUUUACCUGAUGACCUGGCUCCAGUUGAACCUGUGCUAGUUAAGCCCAGGCCAACUGAUCCCAGACGUGGUGCAGCAGCAUCAGCCCAAGGGAGUCCAGCCCCCCACCUCCUCCUUGAGUCAGAGUCCUCGGAACCACCAAAGACCAUUAUCCCUGAAGUCAAGGAGGUUGUGGGUCCUGUGAAGAUGGAAGGUGGUACCAGUGCCACAACCCAAGAAGCCAGACCUCGGCCUCUCAGCUUAUCUGAGUACCGACGCCGAAGGCAGCAACGUCAAGCAGAGGCAGAAGAGAGGAAUCCUCAGCCUCCAGCUGGGAAGUGGCCCAGUCUCCCAGAGACCCCCACAGGGCUGGCGGACAUCCCUUGUCUUGUCAUUCCACCAGCACCAGCCAAAAAGACAGCUCUGCAGAGAAGCUCUGAAGCUCUCCAUGAGGCUACCCCUGAGGCUUGUUUUGGGACUAUGGGUCCCAGCCCUGCUUCUCCUAGUCCUGAGCCACCGUCAAGCAAACCUGUGGCCUCAACUCCCACUGAGCAGGUGCCAUCCCAAGAGAUGCCACUGCUGGCGAGGCCUCCACCUCCUACUGUGCAGUCCAUGUCCCCUGUUGGGCCCAUUCCUCCCGCAAUGCCCACUGCUCCGCCUUUUCCCCCAGGUGGAAUGGGCAUACCCCCUAUGUUGCCCCUUCCCCCAAGUGGGCAAGGGGUUCCCAGCCUGCCCCUACCAUCCUUGCAGCCUCCUAGUCUUCCAGUGUCUAUGGGGCCAGUGCCACCUGAACCCUAUACUCACUAUGCCCCUGUGCCACCCUGGCCUUGUUAUCCCUCUGUGUCCCCAUCUGUCUAUCCUUGCCUCCCUCCACCACCAACAGUGCCCCUAGUGUCUGGUACUCCUGGCGCCUAUGCUGUGUCCCCUACUUGCAAUGUGCCUUGGGUACCCCCUCCUACCCUAGUCCCACCUUACAGUUCCAGCUGUUCCUAUGGGCCCUUGGGAUGGGGCCCAGGGCUGCAAAACCCUCCAUUCUGGCCAACUGUGCCCCCACCUCCUUUGCCUACAGCCUCUGUUGGGAGAGUUGUUCCCCCGCCCAAGAUGGAGCCCAGUAGCAUCCCAACUGGCCCUCCUGAAAGUGUACUUCCUGUGCCAAUGGCUCCUCCCCUCAAUCUGGGGCCUACUGGCCAUGGAGCUCCACAGACGGAGCCCACCAAUGUAGAGGUCAAGCCAAUGCCUACAUCUCCCCAUCUGAAACACAAGGUGGCUUCCCCGGUUCAAAGCCCCCAAAAUAAGGCUCCCCACUGUCUGCCUGGUGAGGGUGUAGCUGUUGAGCCUGUGUCAGAGAGGCUAAAGCCUGAGAUGCAGGAAACCAGGCCUAGGGAGAAGCCUUCCUCUCCUGUUGCUAAGUCUGUGCCCACACCAAGGCAGAGCAAUGGCCCCAAGCUGCCUGCAGUCCACCCAGCCCGUCUAAGGAAGCUGUCCUUCUUGCCUACCCCACGUACUCAGGCCCCUGAGGAUGUGGUACAGGCUUUCAUCAGUGAGAUUGGGAUUGAGGCGUCGGACCUGUCCAGUCUGCUGGAGCAGUUUGAGAAAUCAGAAGCCAAAAAGGAGUGCCCUCCCCCGGCUCCUGCUGACAGCUUGGCUGUAGGAAACUCAGGCAGCGUUGACACUCCCCAGGAGAAGAGGCCCCUAGACCGGUUACAAGCCCCAGAACUGGCCAACGUGGCAGGGCUCACCCCUCCAGCUACCCCUCCCCACCAGUUAUGGAAGCCCCUGGCUGCUGUCUCACUGCUGGCCAAAGCCAAAUCUAAGUCCACCGCCCAGGAGGGAACCCUCAAGCCUGAAGGAAUUGCAGAGGUCAAACAUCCAGCUGCAGCCCGCCACCAAGAAGGGGUCCAUGGCCCUAGUCCUGUCCAUGUGGGCUCUGGGGACCAUGACUAUUGUGUCCGGAGCAGGACCCCCCCAAAAAAGAUGCCUGCCCUAGUCAUUCCAGAGGUGGGCUCCCGAUGGAACGUCAAGCGCCAUCAGGACAUCACCAUCAAGCCCGUCUUGUCCUUGGGCCCAGCUGCUCCACUGCCCCCACCCACAGCUGCCUCCCAGGAGCCACUUGAUCACAGGACUAGCAGUGAGCAGGCAGAACUCCCAGCCCCUUGCCUUGCCCCAUCCACCUUGCUGUCCCCUGAGGCCUCACCCUGCCGGAAUGCCACGAACACUAGGACUCCCCCUGAAUCCUCAGCCAAGCAGCGGUCAAUGCGCUGUUACCGAAAAGCCUGCAGAUCAGCCAGUCCCCCAAGCCGGGGCUGGCAGGGCCGCCGUGGCUGCAGCAGCCGUUCUGUCAGCUCUGGGUCCAACGGGACCAGCGAAGCAUCCUCUUCAUCCUCAUCGUCGUCUUCCUCAUCCCGGUCCCGGUCCCGGUCCCUCUCCCCCCCACACAAGAGGUGGCGCAGAUCCAGCUGCAGUUCCUCUGGACGUUCCCGAAGAUGCUCUUCCUCAUCAUCGUCUUCCUCUGCAUCUUCCUCAUCCUCCUCAUCCAGUUCCCGCAGCCGUUCCCGCUCUCCAUCCCCUCACCGGAGAAGCGACAGGAGGCGGCGGUACAGUUCUUAUCGUUCGCAUGACCAUUACCAAAGGCAGAGAGUGCUGCAGAAGGAGCGUGCAAUAGAAGAGAGAAGGGUGGUCUUCAUUGGGAAGAUACCUGGCCGCAUGACUCGGUCAGAGCUGAAACAGAGGUUCUCUGUUUUUGGAGAGAUUGAGGAGUGCACCAUUCACUUCCGUGUCCAAGGUGACAACUAUGGCUUCGUCACUUACCGCUAUGCUGAGGAGGCAUUUGCAGCCAUUGAGAGUGGCCACAAGUUGCGCCAGGCAGAUGAGCAGCCCUUUGACCUCUGCUUUGGGGGCCGCAGGCAGUUCUGCAAGAGGAGCUAUUCGGAUCUUGACUCCAACCGGGAAGACUUUGACCCUGCCCCUGUAAAGAGCAAAUUUGAUUCACUUGACUUUGACACAUUGUUGAAACAGGCCCAGAAGAACCUCCGGAGGUAACCCUGGCCCUUUCUCCCCUUUUUCCUUUGGAGGUGCCCAACCUCCUCCACCCCACCUCCCCUACUCUAGGGGAGAGAGCUGCUAGUGAGGAGAUGACUGUUUUAUAAAGAAAUGGAAAAAAAGUGAAAUAAAAAAUGUGUAAAACCAGAUUUUUAAAAAGGGGUAUUUGUUUUUUGUAACAGUUAUUGAAACAAGUUAACUUGCAUUCCUAUGUAAGAUGGGUGGGGCUGAGGGGUUCCCCCAGUAUUCAGAACAUCUAAGUCACUAUGCAGACUAAUAAAAAUGAACUAGAGAAAACCACAAGUGCUUUUGUGCU